AUGGUACCUUCGAAACUCCUGUCAGUCGCGUUAUCGGCCGGUUUAUUUGGAACACAAGCUUCAGCUGGUGUUUUCAAUUAUGAUGGAGAUCGCGGUUAUUCCGCGUACACUCGCUCUAAAACUGCUUCUGCUCCGGUAGUCAAGCAGGCUUCAGACUCCCAUGAUUUACUUCCAAUCCGUGAGGAGUAUUUAUUCCCACAUUUGCAGAAGCGAAGCGAUGAUCUAUCGAGUUUACAUCUCGAAGAGACCGCUACUUUAUACUUCGGGAAACCGGCCACCGGAUAUGAUAUCCAUCUUGCCACAAUCAAUGCAAAGCCAGACCCGCAACAUCCUUUAAUUUCCUUAGAGAAAUUCGAUAGCUUCACAAAGCAGAUCAGCUGCAGGGGCGAAGAUAUCGUCCUUGAAUUCCAAGACAAGGAUGCAAUGACCUACGCCACCAAGCAAUGGGACUGGGUCAAUCAUAAGGACCAGGACCACUUCUUCCUCGUCUCCCAACAUCACCACAACGGCUGCAACCCCGAAGACGAAAGAAAACCUCACAAAGUCGUUUCCGUCAAGUCUGACGCACGAAAAUCGACUAUAGUGCUUACCACCGAAGAUGCCUCAUGGGACGAAGCACUCGGAGACUUCACAUUCAACUUCGAAACAAUCCAACACCCAAUCAUCAAACUCACCAAAAGACGGGAUCCUAUCGAAGUCGGAUACUAUCCUUCUCCCAUUUCAAUCAUCAUUGCGGAUUUCAUCUGCAGCAAGGCUAAUCAGCAUGGAAUCAAAAUGUCCGGAUGUAAACCAAACGGCGAUUUUGGCUUUGGAGACUUCGAACUGUUAACCGGUGCCGCCAAGGCCGCUCUUGAAGGAGCAUGGAAACUCAUCCCGAAUUUCGAAGCGAUGGCUUCUGCUACCAUUGAAUGGGGCAAUGACGACAUUAACGAUAAAGUCGUAUUUGUGGAAUCAUCUGGCACAAUCCCAGAUCUCGACGGUGUCGUUUCCAACUACGAGGUUAAAGGAACUUGUAUUGGUUGCUAUGUCAGAGGAACCUUUGAGUACACCGCAACCGGUGGACGUGAUUCAAAGACCGGAAAGACCGAAUUGAUAGUUGGCUUUAGACCAAAGAUCCAAGCAAGGCUUCUACUUGAACUCACCGGAACAGCUACCGUAUCCAAGGAGCUCAACUAUGUUGCGGACUUUAUCUCGAAGGGGUUGAAGGCAUAUGUUGUCAAGAAUAUCGUCUGCCUAGAACCUCAAUUCUUGAGCGGACCAGGUGUCAUCAUGAAGGCUGGCGCUUCAGGAAAUUUCACCGUUGGAUUCGAGUUGGAUACCGGUGCGCCUUUAUUGAUGUUGAAGGCUACCAGCGGCGAUAAAGUCCAAGUUCUACAGAAGGACUGGGGAACUCUCAAAGUUGACCCUAUCGUCCGUGCUUCUCAGGUGAAAUCACAUUCCGAAGUCAACCCGUACUUCCGCCUUGGAGUUGGCGUCGGCGCAACAUUCUUCAAGAACAGCACCAUCAGCGGCAAACUAGGUGUCUGGGCCGGAUUAAACCCUCAGAUGAUCUCGACUAUGGAUCUAGGCUAUGAUUCAGCAGGUCUUUGCGAGGGUAAGCCCCAAAUCGGCGCUAAAUUCGAGAGCAGCUUUAGAUUCGAUUAUAGCUAUACCACAGUAGCUAAGAUUGAGUCCGAAAGCAAGCUUGCCAACUUUUUAUUCGACUUAGUUAAGCCACAAAGUUGGGCUGACACGAGCGCGGCUCUUAAUAAAGAUAAGAAGCAUAUUCUUUUCGAAAAGAAGUUUGGAUUUUGUAAAGCUCUUACUUUAUAA